AUGCUGUGCGCGCGUGAUGUCCGCCGACCACCUCGUCGUCACUGCCUGCCUUCCCGCGUGCUCCCCGCCACCUGUUUCCCCCAUGCCGCCACGUUUGCUGCCCCCCAUGCUACCAUAGCGACGUAUCCGCAUGCCGCCAUGCGGCCGUCUUUCAGCCGCACAGCGCAGCACUCGCACUGGCAGCAGCAGCAGCAGCAGCAGCAGCGGCAGCAGCAGCAGCAGCAGCGGCGGCGGCAGCGGCGGCAUCAUCACUAUCACUAUCAGAAGCAGCAGAAUGAGCGAGAAGGAAAGGUGGGGGAUAUGAGGCAGCAUGUGACCGCCAUGCCCCAUCCCCAUCGGCCUAUCAGUCAGUUCGGCCUUCUCUCUCCACCUCGUCCUGCUACUGCCCACCACACCCGCCUCGCCUGUCAGGUACCACCCGCCUCAGGUACCACCCGCCUCAGGCCUUUUCUCUCCGUGGCGUGCUGCUACUGCCCGCUGCACCCGCCUCCACUGUCAGGUAGCCCCCGCAGGGGCGGUGCGGCUGCGGAUGGUCGCUCGCUCCCACAUGCUCCUGCCCUCUCUGCACCUCCUCCCCCUUCCCCCCCUUCUACCGCUGCUGCUGCUGCUGCUGCUUCUGGGGCUACUCACCCUCCUCGUACUGGCUUCAUGCAUCUUCUCCCAGCACUACCUGCUCCUCCCAUGCCCCGUGCACAGCACUUUGCAACAACUGCUCCCAUGCCGUCUCCCAUGCCUCCUCCCAUGCCUGCUCCCGCGCCUGCUCCCGUGCCUGCUCCCAUGCCUGCUGCAGCAGGGGCAGAGGGGGCCGGAGUGAGAGGGGGUUGUGCUGGAGGGAGGUGCGGAGUGGAUAGAGCGGAGGGGUUGGAGGAGAGACUUUCUAGUGGCAUGGGCGGUGGAGGAGGCGAGGGGGAGGGAAUGGAGGAGAAAUGCCGUAGUCGCAUGGGUGGUAGAGGAGAGGAGGGGGUGGAGGGGAGACAGCGCAGUGACAUGGGUGGUGGAGGAGGGAAGAGGGUGGAAGAGAGAUGGUGCAGUGGCAUGGGAGGCACAGGAGGGGCCAUGGCAGGCGGUGCAGGUGCAUGGGCACGAGGAGGUUGCAGUGGAGAGAUGCUACUGCGGGAGGUGGACGGGGACGAUACAGUGGCGCAGGGGCAGGACGGAAUGGAGCCACCUGCCCAUCUGCAAUCCCCACCUCCCAUCCACCGAUCCCCCAUCCCCCAUCCCCCACCAUCAUCGCCCAUCCCCCCAUACCCCAUCCCCCAUCCAUCCAUCUACCCAUCCACCCAUCCCGCAUCCACCCAUCAUUGCCCAUCCCCCCAUACCCCAUCCCUGGCCUCCCAUCCCCGAUCCCACAUCCCCCCAUCCCUUAUCCCCCAUUCCCCCAUCCCCUCAUUUGCAUCAUCCUCCAUCCUACCAUGCCCCCAUCCCCCCCCAUCCCAACUUCCCACCCCCCAUCCCUCCAUCUUCCUCCCAUUCUCCUCCCGUCCUGUGUCCUCCUCCCACCCCCGUCCCCAGCUAGCAGCAGUGCACUCCUUUUUCAACCCCCCUUCCUUUCCAUCCCCCCGUUCCACCCCGUCACUCAACCCCGACCCCCCUUUCCAUUCCACCCUCCUUCCACGGCUAUCAGCAGUGCACUCCGUGCCUGAGCGGCAGCAGGCAGGGCGGCAGCAGGCAGGGCGGCAGCAGGCAGGGCGGCAGCAGACAGGGCGGCAGGAGGCAGCAGUGGGCAAGGAUGAUGAGAGUGGGAGUGCUGUCAGCACCACAUCGUUACCAACUUUCACCGUUCUUCUUCCAUCGCUCAUGGCGUCCCGUCCCUCAUGCCGUCCUCUUGCUGCAUCCAGCACCACCUCAAUCUCGUUGUUUCUCCAUCCACCUGUUCUCCACGAAACAUCGCCCCUGUGCUGUUUCACUAUCUUCUCACGUGCACCCCUCCUCCCCUGUGCUAUCUUCUCACGUGCACCCCUCCUCCCCUGUGCUAUCUUCUCACGUGCACCCCUCCUCCCCUGUGCUAUCUUCUCACGUGCACCCCUCCUCCCCUGUGCUAUCUUCUCACGUGCACCCCUCCUCCCCUGUGCUAUUUUCCCUCUGCGCCAUCGUCUUUUCCUGUGCUAUUUUCCCUCUGCGCCAUCGUCUUUUCCUGUGCUAUUUUCCCUCUGCGCCAUCGUCUUUUCCUGUGCUAUUUUCCCUCUGCGCCAUCGUCUUUUCCUGUGCUAUUUUCCCUCUGCGCCAUCGUCUUUUCCUGUGCUAUUUUCCCUCUGCGCCAUCGUCUUUUCCUGUGCUAUUUUCCCUCUGCGCCAUCGUCUUUUCCUGUGCUAUUUUCCCUCUGCGCCAUCGUCUUUUCCUGUGCUAUUUUCCGCUGGAUCUGUAGGUGGUAUGUGGAGUGAUGGGCGUGAGUGGGGCAGUGCGGGGAGGGCAGAGCUGUCGCGAGGGAAGAAUGCAGGGGAACCUGGUGGGGGUGAGGUGCAAGCAGGGGAGGUGCAAGCAGGGGAGGUGCAAGCAGGGGAGGUGCAAGCAGGGGAGGUGCAAGCAGGGGAGGUGCGAGCAGGGGAGGUGCAAGCAGGGGAGGUGCAAGCAGGGGAGGUGCAAGCAGGGGAGGUGCAAGCAGGGGAGGUGCAAGCAGGGGAGGUGCAAGCAGGGGAGGUGCAAGCAGGGGAGGUGCAAGCAGGGGAGCGCUCUCUGCUGGUUCUACUGAUGGGCAUGGCUGAGGGAGAUGGGAGGGUGGGAGAUGGGAGGGUGGGAGAUGGGAGGGUGGGAGAUGGGAGGGUGGGAGAUGGGAGGGCAGGAGAUGGGAGGGCAGGAGAUGGGAGGGCGGGAGAUGGGAGGGUGGGGGGUGGGAGGGUGGGAGAGGGGAGGGCAGCAACUCACGGUGCCUCUGCAGCUUGUGUGAAUAUUCUAGGUGGCGACUUUGGUUCGCCCAUGAUUGUUUCUUCUGUGCUUAGUAUGUCUCUUGCCAUGUGCUUCGCUCUCCCUGUGCUGCCUGCCCCCAAAUGGUUCGCUUCCAGCCAGCCACUGACUCCUCACCCAUAUAAGCAGCAGAUGGCCCUGCUGGCACCAUGGGCAAGCAGGGCCCAUGCGCGACACAGCAAGUUGUGGUGUGGAGGUCUCUGCUGUUGA